AUGAAAAUAAUGAAAAAUAUUCGUCGAUUACUUUACGACAAUGAUCAAAUGUCAGCAAUUUACUUGAAAGAAAUUAGAACUGAAUCAGAAGGAACUAAUUUUUAUCAAUAUUUUGAACUAAAUUGGUUAUCUUGUUGUGAAAUGUGGCAAACCAAGUAUCGGAAAAAUCUACUCAACUUCAAUACGAAUACCAAUAACCAUUUGGAACGCUUUAAUCGUACAUUGAAAGAUCGUAUAUCACCUAACAUGCACAUAUCAGAAUGUGUAACAAAAUUGAUUUUAGCUGCAGAGGAUGCCAGAGUUGAAGAAAUGAAUAUAUGCGUCAACUUGAAACAAAAAAUUUACAAUGGUAAUGAUUCAACAUUGGUUCAACUAUUUGGUUUUCAACUAGUGAAUAAAGCAAUCGAUUUAUUGCGUAAACAGAAUGAAGAAUUAAAAAUGAAACAUUAUUUCAUAGAAGAACUUGAAGAGAAUAAAUGGAAAAUUGGUCAAAAAGACGACGAUAAAAAUCAUUUUAUAACUUCUAGCAUUGUUCAUCGUGAUUCAUAUGAGGAUUUACUUUUUUGCGAUUGCGAAUUUUUUUUACAGAAUCAAUUACCAUGCCGACAUCUGAUAUUUUUAUUUGACAUCUUGUAUGAUGAAACAAUUGAUAAAGCCAAAACGAUUGAAGAAAUUUUAUCAGUUAAUAAGCGCUGGUUAAAAGCUACAGUUGACGAUUAUUUAAACGAAACCGCAUAUAACGACAGUAAACAAAAUUUCAAUUUACAAUGCAAAAUAACUCAAAUGGCACCUAAGAGACACCAAACUUUAAGUAUUAAUGACAAGUAUAAUAUCGUAAAGCCAACUUUGGAUCUCUUAACAGCUCGUAUAACUCAAUGUGGAACGGAAGAAUUUCGUGAUCAUCAUACUUUUCUCAAUAUUGUUUUAGAUCUAAUCAAUGUAAAUAAAUUUAAAGAAUUGUAUAAUUACGCAAUCAGUUUGGAAUGUAAAGACAUGGAGCAACCAGGAUGUAAAACAGAGCCACACUUUAUUACAAAGUCAAAUGAUGAUAUACAACAAGAGCCAUCAACGAAACAAACAGUACUCAACCAUGAAGAAACAGUUAAAAAACAACAAGAUAUGAAGAUUAAUCUAGAAGCACUGGAACAAGAAUAUGACACGGAAUUGCGUGAUGAAUACGAAGAAGCUUUACUAAACUUAGAACUAACACAAGAAGAAGCGAAAGACGAAGAUCAACCAUUAUCAACAAAUCAAUUGAUUUUAAGUUAUUCGCCAGUUAUCAAUCCUCGAGGUCGACCUCGUGGCAAAACAUCAUUAGUUUCUUAUAAACGAACAAAUAACAAAAUUGAUAAACAAAGAAAUAAUAAAAGAACUUAUAAACAAGUUUCACCAGAUCUUCAAACAUAUAAGUAUAAACGUAAUAAAAAAGUAGAAUCUGUUCGUGAUGUGUACGGCAACACAACGUGGUUAACUGAUUUACAUAUAUAUUUAUUCUUUGAAUUACUGAAGAAAGAGUUUCCCAAUAUUAAUGGUUUAUGCGGUCCGGCACAAAUACAUUUAUAUACAGGCUCAUUAGAAAAUUCGAUCUUUAUUUUCAAUGCUAACAGCAAUCAUUGGUUAACAGUAGCAAAUUUAGAAUCUGAAAAUAUUUGGAAAGUUUAUGAUUCUCUAUCUUAUCCAACAGAAUCAUUAGUCAAAUUUUUUCAAGAUGUAUUACCUGGUGAAGAAAAAGUUGUUUUAUCAUUUGAAAAUGUACAGCAACAAGUUGGUGGUCAUGAUUGUGGAUUAUUCGCAUUAGCCUUCGCCACAUCUCUUUGUUAUGGAGAUAUUCCAUCAUCAUUAUUUUAUGAUCAAAAAUCUUUACGUAAUCAUUAUGUUAAUUGCAUUGAAAAUAAUGAAAUACAACGAUUUCCUUCAAAGCCUAAGAGAGGAAGUACUAGAAACAAUUGCAAAUUAGUUGAUCUUUAUUUGAAAUAA